UUUCCCCAUCUUCCCGCCACCCUAAAAAUUUCCGCCCGAACUCCAUUUCAAUUUUCAACAUUCUCUUCACAUUUCGCUUCCCAGUUCCCACGAACAACUCCAAUCCAAUCCAACCCGCCACGACCCAUCCUAUAGCCCCGGCGGCCGGCGUCCUAGCUCCUCCAGAUUCCGCAGGCCCCGAUACCAUCCUCGACGGCGACUGGCGUAGCAGGUUCCUUCGCAGAUCAGAUGGGGAGGCCGCGGAAGACGAAGCCCGAGCCGGAGCCAGCCCCCGCCUUCUCGAUCGGCAACUGCAAGGUGGAGAUCCGCGGGAGCGGGCUGCGGUGCGAGACGACGGAGCAGGGGCUGACAAUCUCCGGGCCCAGGGGCGCCAAGGCCGUCGUCUCUGUUUCUGGGGAUCAGAGGGGCGCUUCGAUUGGCGUCGGUGAUGGCUCUCAGUUCAUCCUCCUCAAUCCAGGCGAUGCAGAUAGCCAAACCAAGUCCUUGCUUCAGGAAGUAUUGAUGCUCUACAAGCAAGAGCUUCCUAGUAUGGACUUUGCUGCAGACACUGGGAGAAAGUCAGGGUUUCUUGAAAAAUGCACAACUAAUGGGAAAUACAAGACUCUAAUUCUGCUGUCUAGCUCUGCGGCACAGCAUGAAGAGGUUAUAGCUACUGUAUCAUAUCAGAUUGUGCCAGCUGACACUCAGUAUGCUGAAAUACCUCUGGCAGUUGUGAGAUCAUCUUAUCAACGUGUGGGUAUUGGCCAGCUCUUAUAUAAGGAACUAUCGCAGAGGCUUCAGAAUGUUGGUGUCACAUCCAUUUUCUGCUGGGCAGAUAAGGUUUCUGAGGGUUUUUGGCUAAAACAGGGUUUUGUAUCUGUUGGAGAAGUGGAUACUAAAGGUAAGGUUCGAAAGAUUCCAGUAAGGGCUGAUAUAAAGAGAACAUUAUGCUUUCCUGGUGGAUCAACACUUAUGGUUGCACACCUUAAGAAGCAAUUGCCAAUCAUGCAAACAUGGGAGAAACCGCAGACAACACUCCAUACUGUAGUACCAGAUAGUAUAUCUCCUGGUGAUACCAAUUUUCUCUCAUCUGAUAACAUGGUCCUCCAGACAUAUAAACGCCGUGUCAGAAAGACUGCAAAGGAGGCAACAAAUGAAGUUUGCAAUGCUUAUGGUGAAAGUUCAUUAUCUCAGCAAGAGCCAAAGAAACGUAUGUAUGAAAUGUCAUCAUCAUCACUAAAGUCAAAAAGAAUAAGAUGUAGCAAUGAUGGUGACAAUUGCCAAGACAUGAAUCAAAUUGGUGCACAUGACAAUAACUUGUGCAGUUCCCCUGGAAAUUCACUGCAUCGAAUUCCUAAAGAACAUCAUGUUCCUAGCAUGGGAGGUGAUUUUGAAAGCAAAAUGUCUCAAGAUGACAAGGCCGUUAUCUAUUCCAAUGGAAGCCCUACAGUUAUGCUCAUGAAUAUUGCAGACGAACAAAAGAAGGCACGCCUUACAAAGGUUGUUGAAACGCUUAGGGGGUCUGUUACUUGCGAUGGACAUUCAUGCACACAUGUUGUUACUGGAAAAGCUCGCAGGACUAUGAAUUUCUGUAUUGCUUUGUGCUCUGGUGCUUGGAUAAUUUCCCCAAACUGGCUAAAAGAAAGCUUCAGAGAAGGGCAGUUUGUAGGAGAAGCACAAUAUGUUCUGGAAGAUGAAGAAUAUAGGAUGCAAUAUAAGUCUGAACUUAGAGAUGCAGUUAUGAGAGCUAAAGAAAGGCCUAACUCCUUGUUUGCUGGCUAUACUUUCUGUCUUUCAAAGCACAUCCAGCCCUCUUUUGAUGUUCUCUCAGCCAUUAUUAAGUCUACUGGAGGCAAGAUCAUAAAGAAACUGAGUGAGUUAGAUGAGCCGUCCUUGACAAUCUUUUUGGUCUGUGAAGAGGAGGCAGAACUUGCAUUGGUUGCAGCAAAAAGUGGCAUCAAAACAUUCAGCAGUGACUGGUUCAUGAGCUGUGUCAUGAAACAGGAACUUGACCUCGAGGCGCCUCAGUUUAUUGUAUCUCUAUGAUGUGACUAGUUCAAGUCCUUUUCCUAAGACACCUCUUUGGUUGGGAUAUAAAUUAUUCUCCCGGUUCUCUGUAGAUAUACAGAUUUUCUUAUCUCCCUAGUUGCAAAAUCUGAAGUAGUAUUAAACUAGUUAUCAUCCUGUGGGAACGAUUACCUGUUUAAAUGGAAAACGUUGUGGUGGAGCUAUUCCAAUUUCUGCAGGUGUUAUUGUAUGGAAUUUUGGUGUUCAAAAUCCACAGCAGUACUAUAAUUUCACUUGAUA